GUUGAGUAUAUCAGAGACACACCACGUGACUGUAGCCUCAGGCUGAGGAAUAUUACAAAAGAGGACCAAAGGAUAUAUCACUGCACGUUUCUAACAUCAGCUGGAAAGCAGUUUCAAGGCACAGGAGUUUCGCUUUCAGUCACUGAGCUCGAAGUGGAAAUUUUUAACAGGGUGAUCGAGGGAUAUGCUGUUACUCUCUCCUGUAAAACGACCUGCAGACUCACCACCAAGCCGACAUUCACCUGGUACAAAAACGGAGAACAAUUAUACACCUACAACAAACGGCUUCAUCUGCAGUCAGUCAGGCAAAAGGAUACAGGGAAUUACAGCUGUGCUAUACUGGGACAUAAUUAUCAAUCCCCUGCUGUCACUCUUGAAGUCCAAUAUCCUCCAAAGAGAGUCUCAGUGACCAUCAGUCCCUCUGGUGAGAUAGUGGAGGGCAGUUCAGUGACUCUGACCUGCAGCAGUGACGCUAACCCACCUGUACAUCGCUACACCUGGUAUAAGGUGAAAGAAAGCUCACCUGUAGGAUAUGGACCGAGUUACAGCUUUACACUGACCUCCAGCAGCAGUGGAUGGUUUUACUGUGUGGCUCAGAAUAUAUACGGGAGUCAGAAAGCACCUGAAGUGGUUCUCACAUUAAAUGAGGGCAAGAGUGUACUUCUGUUUGUUGUUCUUGGAGUGAUUUUUGGAUGUUCACUUGCCAUCGUUGUGGUUUUAUACAUGAGGAGAAAGAGAACAAGAGUUUCAGCUGAUAAUGUCGAGUCUAGUCAGAACGUUUCCUCCAGUCCUCCUGAUGACUCGUACACAGGUCUUGAUCUUCAGACCAGGUCCAACGGCAUGUACUACACACUUGCAACGGUCCACUCGAGUCUUCCUGAUUCUCGGUCCAUCUUUCAUGUUUACAACAAUGAUUCAGUGAGUGCAUUUGUUCAUCGCUGAAAAUAGCACCAGGCUGAAGAAAAUAAACACAGCCACAGUGAUGUAACACUAGAAUGCUAC